GAGCCGAGGCGGCGGCGGCGGCGGCGGCGGCCCGAGCGCGAGCCCGAGCGGCAGCCGGCGGCCGCGGGAGCCGCGGGGAGCGCGGGGGCGGCCCGGAGCGCCCGGGGUCCCCGCGCCCCGCUCGCCCGCCGCGCUCCGAAGAUGGUGGCGGCGCCGUGCGCCCGGAGGCUGGCCCGGCGCUCGCACUCGGCGCUGCUCGCGGCGCUCACCGUGCUGCUGCUGCAGACGCUGGUCGUGUGGAAUUUCAGCAGCCUCGACUCCGGGGCCGGGGAGCGCCGCGGGGGCGCAGCGGCCGGCGGCGCGGAGCAACCGCCCCCGGCCCCGGCCCCGCGCCGGGAGCGCCGGGACCUGCCCGCCGGGCCGGCUGCAGCCCGAGGCGGCGGCGGAGGACGGGGGGCCCCGGCGCGGGCGCGGGGAGGCGGCCCCGGAGAGCCCCGAGCGCAGCAGCCGGCCAGUCGGGGGGCACUGCCCGCGCGGGCGCUGGACCCUCAUCCAAGUCCCCUGAUCACCCUGGAGACCCAGGAUGGCUACUUUUCUCACCGGCCGAAAGAGAAAGUGCGAACAGACAGCAACAAUGAGAACUCGGUCCCCAAAGACUUUGAGAAUGUGGACAACAGCAACUUCGCACCCAGGACUCAAAAGCAAAAGCACCAGCCUGAGUUGGCAAAGAAGGCCCCGAGUAGACAGAAGGAGCUUCUGAAAAGGAAGCUGGAGCAGGAGGAGAAGGGGAAGGGACAUUCGUUCGCAGGCAAAGGCGCCACCGAGGCGCUGCCUCCUGGGGAGAAAGCCGCAGUGAACAGUAGCCGUGGGAAGGAUGCCCCAAGACAGCCCCACACCAGGAAAAGCGGGGGCGGCUCCCCCGAGCUCAAGUACGACCAGCCCCCCAAGUGCGACAUCUCGGGCAAAGAGGCCAUCUCCGCCCUGUCCCGCUCCAAGUCCAAACACUGCCGCCAGGAGAUCGGGGAAACCUACUGUCGCCACAAGCUCGGACUGCUGAUGCCCAAGAAGGUGACACGAUUCUGCCCCCUGGAAGGCAAAUCCAACAAGAACGUGCAGUGGGAUGAGGACUCGGUGGAAUACAUGCUGGCCAACCCAGUCCGAAUCGCCUUCGUCCUGGUGGUCCACGGCCGUGCCUCUCGGCAGCUGCAGCGCAUGUUCAAGGCCAUUUACCACAAAGACCACUUCUACUACAUCCACGUGGACAAGCGCUCUAAUUACCUGCAUCGGCAAGUGCUACAGUUCGCCAGACAGUAUGGCAACGUUCGCGUCACCCCCUGGAGGAUGGCCACCAUCUGGGGGGGAGCCAGCCUCCUGUCCACGUACCUGCAGAGCAUGCGGGACCUCCUGGAGAUGACUGACUGGCCCUGGGACUUCUUCAUCAACCUCAGCGCCGCUGACUACCCCAUCAGGACAAAUGACCAGCUGGUGGCAUUUCUCUCCCGAUACCGAGAUAUGAAUUUCCUGAAGUCACACGGCCGGGACAAUGCAAGGUUCAUCCGAAAGCAGGGUCUGGACCGGCUCUUCCUGGAGUGUGACGCCCACAUGUGGCGCCUUGGGGACCGCCGAAUCCCGGAGGGCAUUGCUGUGGAUGGAGGCUCGGAUUGGUUCCUGCUGAACCGGAAGUUUGUGGAGUAUGUGACGUUCUCCACAGAUGAUCUAGUGACCAAGAUGAAGCAGUUUUACUCCUACACCCUGCUUCCUGCUGAGUCCUUCUUCCACACGGUCCUGGAGAACAGCCCCCACUGCGACACCAUGGUGGACAACAACCUGCGCAUCACCAACUGGAACCGGAAGCUGGGCUGCAGGUGUCAGUACAAGCACAUCGUGGACUGGUGCGGCUGCUCGCCCAACGACUUCAAGCCGCAGGACUUCCACCGCUUCCAGCAGACUGCCAGGCCCACCUUCUUUGCCCGAAAAUUCGAAGCUGUGGUGAAUCAGGAAAUCAUCGGGCAGCUGGACUAUUACCUGUACGGGAACUACCCUGCGGGCACCCCGGGCCUCCGAUCCUACUGGGAGAACGUGUACGAUGAGCCGGACGGUACCCACAGCCUGAGCGACGUGGCGCUCACCUUGUAUCACUCCUUCGCCCGCCAGGGCCUCCGAAGGGCCGAGUCGUCACUGCACGUGGAAGGGGAGAAUAGCUGCCGGUACUACCCGAUGGGCCACCCAGCAUCUGUCCACCUCUACUUCCUCGCGGACCGCUUCCAGGGCUUUCUGAUCAAGCAUCAUGCCACCAAUCUGGCCGUGAGCAAACUGGAGACCCUGGAGACGUGGGUGAUGCCAAAGAAGGUCUUCAAGAUUGCAAGCCCGCCCAGUGACUUCGGGAGGCUCCAGUUUUCCGAGGUCGGCACUGAGUGGGAUGCCAAGGAGCGGCUCUUCCGUAACUUUGGGGGUCUCCUGGGGCCCAUGGAUGAGCCAGUAGGCAUGCAGAAAUGGGGAAAGGGCCCCAACGUCACCGUGACUGUCAUCUGGGUGGAUCCCGUCAACAUCAUCGCAGCCACCUACGACAUCCUGAUUGAAUCCACUGCUGAGUUCACCCACUACAAGCCCCCUUUGAACUUGCCCCUGAGGCCUGGGAUCUGGACAGUGAAAAUUCUUCACCACUGGGUGCCAGUUGCAGAGACCAAAUUCCUUGUUGCACCGCUGACCUUCUCAAACAGGCAGCCCAUCAAACCAGAGGAGGCGCUGAAGCUGCACAGCGGGCCCCCCCGCAGCGCCUACAUGGAGCAGAGCUUCCAGAGCCUGAACCCCGUCCUCAGCCUGCCCAUCAGCCCGGCCCAGGUGGAGCAGGCACGGAGGAACGCAGCCUCCACGGGCACAGUGCUGGAGCGCUGGCUGGACUCUCUGGUAGGUGGCAUGUGGACUGCCAUGGACGUCUGCACCACAGGCCUCAGUGCCUGCCCCGUCAUGCAGCCCUGCAGCCAGACGGCCUGGAGCUCCUUCAGCCCCGACCCCAAGUCCGAGCUGGGGGCGGUCAAACCCGAUGGCCGGCUCAGGUAGCACCGGGCCCGCGUGGGCCUCAGCAGAUCUCAGAGGGAAAGCAGCUCGAGGGCCGGUGGCGCCCGGACCCUGGCCCCCCAGUCCCAGGGGUGCCUUUUGUGACGAGGGGGCUCUCCUGGCUACAGAAAGAUGGAGAAGGAAGGUGUGGAGGUGCCAACGACCCGCAUUGUGCACGCUGGCCCCUGGGGGCGAGGAUUGCUGGGUCCCAGCGCCAUCGUGGUCUUACCUCUUCUGGUUGAUCCUCGAAGCCUCCAGGUUCCUUGUCCUCCCCCUUGGUGACCCAAUCCCCCCAGUCAAGUGAUUCUCCAACUUUUAUUUUGAGCAGCAGAAUUUUGUUUACUAAGCACAGGUGGAGGCAGAAGUUCAAGGUGUGGUUGAAAUCCAGGCUGCUCUGGUUGAAGCUGGGGAGUCUGAGGUUUUUUCCUCAACGCUCAGCCCAGUGGGCAGUCCCUUUGCCCGGGGCACCUCCUGAGGUACCUCCCCAGAACCCAAGGGCUCUGCAAAACCCCAUAUGAAAAGCACUGCCCAGACUGUGGGCUUGAUCUCCAGCCCCACCCUUGGGCUCAUCUUCCUGCUCCUGAGCGGGGAAAGGGGACUGGCUGAGCCUUCCGCCAGCCCUUGUCCGGUGAGUUGUCCUCCUUACUAACGAGAUAAGCAGGAUAGCUUUUUGAUGGGACAUGGCCGAGGUUCCCCAAAGUCUGCGGUCCAGGCCAGCCUCCCUCCAGACUGCCCCCUGAGGUGGCAUCAAUGGGAUGAGGUUCAGGGGUAGGAGCAUCAAAUCUCCCAGCCAUUCAGGGGCCGGGAGAACUCUGGGGACAAUGGCCAUGAGACUCAGAGAUGGGUUGGAGCCAACUCCUGAGCUGGACAGCACAGCAAUACCCGCCCCCUGCCUGAGCCCUUGCGCUCCGAAGUUGGGCACUCCAGACCUUUGGGAAUUGCCCCACCCCCCACCCCCCUGGUGCUGUAGGGAAGUGACCAGGCUUUUCACAUCCAGUAACAAGCAUUUCAGAUUUGGUUUUUAAAUUCAUGCCCUUCCUUCUCCAAGGUGCCAGCAGGCCCCUCUGCUAUGCCAUGUGAAAGCUAGAAGCUUGAGCAUCAGGGCGGUUUAAGCCUAAACAAUAGUGUUCUUCCAACUGCUUGAGUUGCCGUAAACCUGAAAUGUGUCCUUGCUGUGUGCCUCGGAGGGCUGGCCCUGCUCCGCUGGAGAGCCCAUCCCGAGGCCCCUUCCUUCUCCAAUUCUAGCCUCCCCUCGCCGCACCCCCCCCUGCCAGGACAGGCUUUCCUUGGCCAAGGCCCACCCCCGGUUGCUAACGGCCCUGCCCUGGAGGGCCCAUCCUUGUGUUUCUGGGCAGUGUGGGUAUGAAGGUACUUCAGUCCCUCCUGACCGCUCCACGCUCACCCACAGUCCCGCCAGGCCGCAUGUCCUAGGGGCCAGGGAGGGUCUGGAGGAGGGACACUUUCGGUAUUUAUUAUUUCUAUAGUUUAGUCAAUGACUAAUGAGUAGGUGCUGCUUUUGCAGCUUGUCAGUUACGUCUCUUACUAACUGAAGCUGCCUUUAUUCACGAAAGGCCCCCCCUCCCCACCCCCAGUGUCUGUCUCUCUCCUGUCUGCCCCACAUUCUCCAUGUCCUCAGAGGAAAGCAGGGGUGUUGGACACCACGAGGAGAAUGCUUGCACCAGCAUCAUCCACUGGCUGAAAGCGGGGUACCCCUGGGGACACUGGAGCCUUAGUUUUUCCUCAGGCAGGAGGGAGCCUCGGCGGGUUCUCUGGUCCCCGUGGGGCUGGAAUUCCUGAGCCAUCCCUGCUGCCCACGGCAGGCACAGGGACAAGACAUGCUCAUGACUCGGGUGGAGGGAGAGGACCCCCUUCCAAGCCUGAGAGGGAGAGAAAGCCAGUUUACGAAGACGGGGAAUGGUCGUACUGAGCCCAGAGCUAGCCAUGGUCACCAGGGGCUCCAGAGACCUCGGAGGAGCUUGCUGAGAAAACCCGGAUUAUCCCUCCAUGAACUUGCAAACUCUAGGAGCCCAGCCAGCCCGUGCCACCACCCCUUUCUGCCCCAGCCCACCCAGGGAGCCUUCCUCUUUACCCUCCUGGCCAGACUGCUAGGAGUCCCGUGGUUUCCACCGUGUCCUGUGCAGGGCUCAGGCCUGGGUCUGGUGUGUGUGCCUGCAGACCCCUGCCUGCACCCAUGACAAUGCUGAUAUUCCCCCCCCCACCCCAGAAGAAGCAGAGAUGGUCUACUCUGGGCACCAUCUCCCCUCCCCACCCCCGCUCACAGCAAGGAAUUCAGAAGCCAGUCAGUCACACCCCGUGUUUCUGUAAAGAUCUCUGGUUUUUGGACCAGGGAAUAACGUUGCUAUUAAAAACAAAAAUUUCCAAACAAAGCCCAGGACGAUUUGAGAAAGGGUGAUGUUUUCCCAGGGGACACAAUAACAGCUGAACUUCAUCGGCCUGAGAGUGAGUGAUUCGGGAAAGGGCACUAGGGCAGGCAGCCGUGAGUUCUGGCUGUGGGACCCAACCACAGGAGAUGAACCCGGGUUACAGCCUGAAGCCUGGCCCCUGUCUCCCUGACCAGGAGCCUGAGGGCAGUCUGGGGAGAAGGAAGCAUUCAAGAGGCUGUGGCACCCUGUGUCAUUUCCCAGCCAGCCCGUCCAGUGACGCUCAGGCGGCUGCCUGUCUUCCCGACUCCCACAGCCCAGGCCAGGCGCAAAGCAAUCUCCCUCAAGGACGCAAGCAAUGCACAGACCCCAUAUUUAACAAGGGGGCCCUUACCUCCCUUUGGAAAAAGACCUUCCUGGUCAGAUCAGGAGUCAUUCAGGCUUCAUUUCCCCCUUGCUAGUUUAAGAUGCCAGUGCCCUCAGGACAAGCAAGACCAUCCUAGUCCCCAAAAGGGGCGCAUUGCAUCUCUCUGGGCACAUGCCUGGGUUGGGUGGACCUGCUGCCUUCAGGCUCCCUGGUUGACAAGUACAAAGAGGACAUGGGCUGGAACCUCCAUCUCUUUGCCAGGAAGGUGCAGAGUAGAGAGAAGCAGCUGUGGAAGGUGGGGCUUGAGCCAAGACCCCUUACACAGCAAAGUCCACCGGGGACUCAGGACAUAAGCCCCCCAACAGCACCCAAGGGAGGUAUACUAGGAACAGCUGUUGGCCAAACCCUGUUAGGUCAAAGCCACACUCUGUGGUAGGGGUCGCAAAUGCUUAACAUGGUUGGCAUAAGACAAUUGGGAGUGGUGGGGACUGAGGUCUGUGCGCACGGCCCACCCAAAGACAGCAGCCCGUCUUUGCAAGUGAGCCUGCAGAAUCUUCCAAUUUGGUAAAGGAAGCCAGAGAUCCAGAUUUUCAUAGGAAAUUUGAUUUUUAAGUGUCAACCAUGUGUUUUUGUUUUAUGGGUUUUUUUCAGUUUUGAGUGUGGGCAAAGAGAAAUUCCAUAGUUCAUCCCGUGCACGGCCAACCACCUCUGCUCUCUGGAGAGCUGGUUUGCCAGGAGGUCAGGCAGUGCCCUGGUGGAGGAGGAAAUGAGCCACCAGUAGGAAGGGGCAAAGAUUAUAGCUCAUUUCGCCGAUUGCUCUGAAGCAAGAACACAAAUCUCUUACCAGUCAUUCCACCCCGAAGAGACGGUCCCGCGGAGGAGAAGGGUCCCAGAAGAACUGGCUUGUGAGGCUGGCCUGGUCCCAAGAUGGUGCUUAAAAAAAAAAAAAAGAAUUUGGAGACCUAACCUAAGGAGGCCCAUACCUUCCAGAAUUCCAGCCCGCCCAGGCGGAGGUGACAAAGACAGGGGCCGGGGAGGGAGGGGUGUGUCAAACAGCCCCAGGUUUGAGCAGCCGUCUUAGCACACGUCUUGGACACUCUGUUGGAGCUGUGCUGGCUCACAGGACACCCUCUUCAACUCAGUUACCUUACUUUUUGCCCAUGGGUCUACCACAGGCGCUACCUCAUUGUGUCUGCUGAGAAGUUUACCUGGGGAGGGGGGGGGAAUAAUUAGGUGUCCCAAAUGUGCUGGAGCUGAAUGUACAAUCUAUGCAAAUUUCUCUCCCUCUCUCUGUCUGUUUCUCUCGGAAGUUUGGGCUUUUUUGUUUGUUUUACCUUACCAACAAGAUACUGUGUAGACCCCUCUUAAGACCGAGGAGGGCUUUCAUGCGCCACCUGUGUCUACCCCUCACGUUGUCUUUGGUUCUGCCCUCACCAAGCCCGCAGGGAGAAGGCGGCCCUCCCCUCCCCUCCCCUCCCCCUGGCUGGGAACACUCCAACUGCCUCUCCCCCCCCCCCCCCCCCGGAGUCCCCAGGAAAGCAGGUUCUGCCCCUGGCACCCCCCCACUUCCUGCAUACCAUCUCUGCUCCAUCCUCAUUUCCCUCCCACUUGCUUCUCCUCCCCUGCUUCCCCCACCGACCCCCAAAAGCCUUAGGUUUCUCCUUUUUCAAAUGUGGCCUUAACAUUAUUUUUGGAAAGCUGACUGCCCUCUCCCUCCAACUUCUACCAACAUCCAAGAAAGAGCAUCCCGAUGCUUUCAGGGCAACCUCCUCAGCCAGGGGCUGCCCGUCUGUAGCUUGCAGACGCGACAGAAACGGCUUCUACGUGUCGUCUUUAAGAAAAAGUAUUCUGUUGUUCCUCUGGGUAAAAUGAAGGCUCCGGUGCUCCCACCAACGGCAGCUCGCUGGUGCAGCUGUCCACGCGCACUGCGGAGGCACCGGGCUGGCUUCUGCCCCAGGCCGGUGUGAGCACCUACUCCCCCGUCCUCCCUCUCCCACCGCCCCCUCCGCCUCCACCCCCCCCCACCCUCCCCCCGGCUUGAUGACUUCCUGUACUUCUUCAAGGGUAAAUCAGGAGAGUGUCUCGAUUUCUCUUUCCGUCCUUCCUGCCUGGAAAGGGAGAGUGUUCCGUAUUCCCAGCAGAUGGGUCGUGGGUCGUGUUCUCAAAGGGAUCACGCUCCUGACUUCCAUCGCUCCAGGUCCCGUUGGCGGCCAAAGACAACCCCCCCAGGGUUCUCAUAGGAAAUUCACUGGAAUUGAGUGCAACCGUCCUUAGAGUCCUUUCUCCGUCUUCUUUUUUGUUUUUAAUAUUAUGUUGUCAGUAGCAUUUGUUUUAUUUUUUUUGUAGAGGCCUCAUGAUAAGUUAUUACUGUCCCCCUCAUUUUUUUCUCAAAGACAUGUGGUGAUAUAGUUUUUAAAAAUAACUAUUUUGUUAUAGAUCAUGAUAUGCAUAAAACUGUACAGAAAUAUUUUGUAAUGUAUUGAUUUAAAAAAAUCUGUAAAUAAAGUUUAAAAAAGAGAAUUCCAAUGGCACACACUGAAAGAUGUAGAUAUUUUGCUAUUUAUUUAAAGGAGUAUUUUAAAAGAGAUUGAACUAUCUGAAAUUGACCAGUCAUCAAAAUUCCGAUCCUACGAACGCUUUUCUUCGAGGUAGACAGUGUUUCUCGGAAGUGAUUGCACUACCCGCCCAUUUUUGCACCUUUUCUGUAUCUUCAUUUAGCAGAAAAACAACGAAAUUGUGCCUUAGCUGUAUUUUUUUGUCUAGGGGAGUUUGUUUCUGUCUGACAAAGCAAAAUCUUUUGCAGAAAACAGUGGAUGUAUUAAAUACUGUAUCAUACCAAAAACACUGCAGGUGUAUAUAGAUGCUUUCUGUCAUACUGUGUUUUCAGAUGCAGAAUUUUAAAAAUUAAAAAAAAAAAAUACUGUCUUUAUGGAA